AUGCAACAUCCAACAGCUCAAUCGGCGAUGUCUUCUCAAUCGGUUGCGGAUAGAAGAAGACAGAUCUUGGUUGGUGAGCUUCCGCCCGACUUCCUGCGACUAAUUGUUCCACGGGAGCAGGCAACUCCUUUUCCUCAACAACAAGUUACCCAGCUUGUGUACGGCGGCGGUAGCUUUGUUCCACCUAACACUCGAGGUCGUGUGUCUAUCACAAUUGCCGACGCGAAUCUUGUGCGAAACUACGGAAUUGUAAGGAUGGAUCCUUACUGCAGACUGCGAGUUGGACACGCUGUUUUUGAAACGCAGACAAAAUUGAGUGGUGGUCGAAGUCCCAUAUGGAAUCGCACCAUUCAUGCUUAUUUGCCCAACGGAGUUGAGAGCAUUUAUGUUCAAAUUUUCGAUGAAAAAGCCUUCAGCGCUGAUGAAUGUGUUGCUUGGGCACACGUUAUGCUGCCACAAGCCAUAUUCAGCGGAGAAACUAUCGAUGACUACUACUCGUUAAGUGGUCAACAGGGAGAGGGAAAAGAAGGAAUGAUCCAUCUUAUUAUUUCAUUUGCUCCAGUGGACGCUACUUUAUCAGCGGCGGCUAUUUUACCCUCCACUGCUUCCCCACCACUACCAGUGGAGAUUACCGCUGAAGACACGAAAGAAUUAGAAGUGAUGUUCCCAGGAGUGGACAGAGAAGUUAUCAGAUGUGUCCUCGAAGAAAGUAGAGGUGACAAGGAUGCCACUGUAAGCGUUCUCCUAGAAAUGAGCAGAAAUGAGUGA